AUGAUGAAGCUGGCCGUUGUGCUGUGUGCCCUCGUGGCCUUCUCUGAGUGCCUUCACAAGGUGCCCCUGAUCAAGGGGAAGACGGUUAGGGAGGCUCUGCAGGAGAAGGGUCUGUGGGAGGAGUACAGGAAGCAGCACCCUUACAACCCCAUGGCCAAGUUCUACCAGAGUGGCCUUGAGCCCAUGACCAACGAUGCUGAUCUGUCUUACUAUGGCGUCAUCUCCAUCGGAACUCCUCCCCAGUCCUUUAAGGUGAUCUUUGACACUGGCUCCUCCAACCUGUGGGUUCCCUCUGUGUACUGCAACAGCCAGGCCUGCAACAACCAUGCCAGAUUCAACCCUCAGCAGUCAAGCACUUUCCAGUCUACCUCUCAGAGCCUUUCCAUUCAGUAUGGAACUGGCAGCAUGACUGGAUUCCUGGGAUAUGACACUGUCCAGGUUGGUGGCAUUUCUGUGGCCAACCAGAUCUUUGGUCUGAGCCAGACUGAGGCUCCUUUCAUGGCCAACAUGGUGGCUGAUGGCAUCCUGGGUCUGGCCUUCCCCUCCAUCUCUUCCUCUGGUGCCACGCCCGUCUUUGACAAUAUGAUGAAGCAGGGUCUGGUGUCCCAGGAUCUCUUCUCUGUCUACCUGAGCGGCAACGAGCAGGCUGGGAGCGUGGUGCUUUUCGGUGGAAUUGACACCUCUUACUACACUGGCAACAUUUACUGGAUCCCUCUCUCCUCUGAGACCUACUGGCAGAUCAGCAUGGAGAGCGUUACCAUCAACGGGAAUGUUGUUGCCUGCUCUGGCGGAUGCCAGGCUAUUGUGGACACUGGCACCUCCCAAAUUGUUGGACCAUCCAGUGACAUUAGCAACAUCAUCAACUAUGUUGGAGCUUCCAUGGACCAGUAUGGUGAUUCCACUGUGAACUGUAACAGCAUUAGCAGCAUGCCUGCUAUCACCUUCACCAUCAAUGGAUAUGCCUUCACCAUCCCUGCAACUGCCUAUGUCUCUCAAUCCUACUAUGGCUGCAACACUGGAUUUGGAAACGGAGGCUCGGACCAGCUCUGGAUCCUGGGUGAUGUCUUCAUUAGACAGUACUACACGAUCUUUGACAGAGGCAACAACUAUGUUGGUCUGGCUCAGGUUGCGUAA